AUGGCGGUGCAGAUCUCGAAGAAGAGGAAGUUUGUCGCCGAUGGCAUCUUCAAAGCUGAGCUGAACGAGUUCCUGACCCGCGAGCUGGCUGAAGAUGGCUACUCUGGUGUGGAGGUCCGAGUCACCCCAACCAGGACUGAGAUCAUUAUUCUGGCUACCAGGACCCAGAAUGUCCUUGGUGAGAAGGGGCGCCGAAUCCGUGAGCUGACUGCCGUAGUCCAGAAGAGGUUUGGGUUUCCUGAGGGUAGUGUGGAGCUGUAUGCAGAGAAAGUUGCCACAAGGGGUCUGUGUGCCAUCGCUCAGGCUGAAUCCCUGCGUUACAAGCUCCUGGGAGGACUGGCUGUGAGGAGAGCCUGCUAUGGUGUUCUGCGUUUCAUCAUGGAGAGUGGGGCCAAGGGCUGUGAAGUGGUUGUAUCUGGAAAACUGAGAGGUCAGAGAGCCAAGUCCAUGAAGUUCGUGGAUGGCCUGAUGAUCCACAGUGGAGACCCAGUCAAUUACUAUGUGGACACAGCUGUACGUCACGUCCUCCUCAGACAAGGUGUGCUGGGUAUCAAGGUGAAGAUCAUGCUUCCUUGGGACCCCAGUGGCAAGAUUGGCCCCAAGAAGCCCCUGCCUGACCACGUCAGCAUUGUGGAGCCCAAAGAAGAGAUCCUGCCAACUACUCCCAUCUCUGAGCAGAAAGGAACAAAGCCUGAGCAGGCCCAGCCCCCAGCCAUGCCCCAGGCUGUACCCACUGCAUAA